UUUAAAUUCGAUUUCGAAUUUUUUGUUGAGCUUUUGUUAAAUGUUAUUUUCAUAAUUAUUGAGUAUUUACGAACUUCAGUUAUUAAUUAUACAAAAGUGUUUAUUAAAUUUAAUCAUGCAAAAAUCACCAUUUAUUGGGUCUCGUUUGUCAACUCCAAAUAUUGCCAAUCAAGCUGAUGUUAAUGAUGAUUUAGUGGACGGUGAAGAUGAUGUUGAAGUGGAUCAUGGUGAAGGUAAUAUCUUGGCUAUCCAUUAUAACAAUCAUCGCUCAGGUUUUGCUUAUUAUUCAAGUAAAAGGAAUAAAUUUUUCCUUUUUGAAGACCAACCUGAAGUGGCCGGUGAUUUGUCAUUUAUUGAUAGAAUUGUCCAACAAGUUGAACCCAAACGAAUACUUAUCUCUUCAAGACUCGAUUCAAGGGUCAAGAGCCGUUUGUUUAGUGCUGUCGAUCAAUUGGUUUCACCUCUAGCUGGUCAAAAAGUUGGUAAUCCCGUUAAUAACCAGCAACAAACAUCUGAUAAUCAGCCUAAUCAUGAUAGUAACCAUUCUUCUGCAUUUGGUGGUGAUGGACUAAAUAAAGGAUCAAGAGAAUCAAUGGAGGCAAGAGGUGCAUCUUUUGAUAUUAGAAACGGUCUUUGGUCGGAUGAACCAAAUAUUAGUGACGAUACUGAUGAUGUUUUGGAUAUGGAUACUGGCAAACUUGGUGAUCACCAUUCUGAUAUCAUCGUUACUGUUCCUGCUUCUGAUUUCACACCCGAUGAAGCCUUAGCUAAAGUAUUGCAACUGGAGCUACCCGACAUGCCUUUAUUUCCUGAUCCUAGACAGAAACUCAUGUAUCUCUCAUCUUUAUUUGAUCAUUCUCAAAAGACAACAUUACUUGCCCUCGGUGCUCUAAUUAAGGAUAUUGAAAGUUCAAAUUUAAUGACUGAUGGAGAUGGACAGAAAAUAAUGGUCAAUGGAAUAGCACCAGCAACUCUGGAAAAUCUUAUCUAUUUAGACUGCCAAUCGAAAAUUGCUUUACAAAUAUUUGCUAUUGAAAACCAUCCCUCAGUUUAUAAGCAAGGUAAUUCACGUAAAGAAGGACUCAGUCUGUUCGCACUAUUUAAUCGCUGUGCAUCUCGAAUUGGAUCUCGGUAUUUGAAGAAACUUUUCAAUCAACCAACUAACAACAUGCAGGAGAUUAAUGAUCGAUUAGAUAUGGUUGAAUUUUUUCACAACACACCGUCAAUAGUUGAAGGUUUAAGGAGCUGCUUAAAAGGAAUUCAAGAUCCAACAUCAGUAAUGGAGAAAAUGCGUUUUGCUGAUUGUAGUGUCAAUGAUUGGGCCAAAUUAUUGAGAACUGCUAAACACGUUCAGCGUGUCUAUGAAUAUCUAUGCAGCAUUAAAGCGCGAUUUUCCAUUGCAGCUCGAUUUGUAGAGCUGUUUACAGAAAGUCGAUUAUCGCUUAUCAUUGAUCUCAUUGAAGCAGUUAUAGAUUUCCGUGAAUCUCGUGCAACUGGUAGAUUCGAAGUCAAUAAAGGUUUGGACGCAGAUUUAGAUGAGAUGAAAAAUCUUUAUGCCCAACUACCCGAUAUCAUGUUUCAACAUGGAGCUCAAGAGUUCCUCAGAUAUCAGGAUCGCAUACCAUCAUGCCAAAUAACUUACGCAACUCACUUAGGUUUUCAUUGUAAAAUCCCGCUUUCACCUGCUCAAAUGAUGACUGGAAAUUUCAAGAUUCCUGGAUUAGAAUUUCGUUAUCGAGUAGGAGAAUCUGGUUAUUAUAAAUCCCCAAUGACACGAGAACUAGAUGCAACAUUUGGCGAUAUAUUGACUGAGAUAACUGAAAAACAACGCAAGGUUCUUCUUCAGCUCCAAUUCAAGGUUUUAGAUGGUAUCAAUGCUUUGGAUGAAUUGACAACACUUUGCGCUAAAAUUGAUGCGUUUAUAGCAAUUGCUGAAACAUCCAGGUGCUUCAAGUACAAAAGACCAGUUUUCAAUGUCAAUGACGAGAUGGAUAUUGAAGAUGGGCGACAUCCACUGCAAGAAAUAUUUGUUGAUUCUUAUAUCGCUAAUGACUGUCGCACAGGAAAUCAAAGUGGCAAGAUUCGUAUAAUCACUGGUCCCAAUUCUAGUGGUAAAAGCAUUUUCUUGAAACAAAUGGCUUUGAUAAUAUACAUGGCUCAUAUUGGAAGUUUUGUGCCCGCUCAUUAUGCUAAUAUUAGUCUAUUGGACCGAAUAAUGACAAGGAUUAAGACUAUCGAGUCUGUUUCGACUGGACUUUCAUCGUACAUUUUGGAUCUCAAACAAGCAGCAAUGAUGACACGUGAAAAAACAGAACACUCCUUGUUCGUUGUUGAUGAACUUGGUAAAGGGACUGAUCCAAUCAGUGGAAUCAGCUUAUUAUCAGCUUUAAUUAAUUAUUUUGCAAAGGCUGAUCAUGUUCCCCAUGUAUUUGUGGCCACUCAUUUUCUGACAAUUAACGAGCACAUCAUUCCAUCACCCCAAAUUUCUUUUUGGACAUUAGAUGUUAAAAUAGACAAUGACGAGGUUAAUUAUCAGUAUAAAUUGAUUCCGGGGAAAGCUUCUUCAAGUAGAGCGACAUUAGUUAUUAAAGCUGCGGGUUUGGCGCCUAUUUUAUUAGAGCGUACCGAAGAGAUCGAAAAUCAACUUAGAAGAGGAAAUGUCAUAUCAGCUCGAAAAAUUGAUUGCCUUCAAGGAUUUUCUAAUAAACUAAUUGCCGUUGCAGAUAAAUUUGAAUCAGCAAACUUCGAUGCCCUUGACUUUGAUGGUCAAAAGUUUCUCCAGGAAUUAAUUGCACCUUGGCGAAAUCAACCCCAAAAACCAUUGCAAACGCCAUUUCGGACUCCAUUUUCGCCUCCGAGGCAACCUCGGUUUAAAACGCCAGUUCCACCAUCUGUUCACUCUUCUCGCAGAUCUUUGCUUGGGUCAUCUAGAUACUCAUCUUCUCUUUCAUCAAUUCACUCACCUUAAGCAAGAAUCCUACCAACGAUGAAAUUCCUUAGAUAAAAGGACACAAGAAACUGAAUUAGUUCGAUAUUCGUGUAAUUAUUUCUUUGACCGAAUUGUUGUUGACCUGUAUUUGAAAUUUGAAAAAUAGCUUACUAUAAACUGUACCAAUCUAUUUAUUUUGUUUAAUUAUUUUUGAAAUCAAAUUAUGACUAUAAAUCCUAAAAUCUUCCUAUUUUUUAUCAGUAAAUGAUCCCUUGGUUUCCAACACGUGUUUGCGUCUUAUGGUUAAACACAGUUGUUUACAUUAUGUUCUUUUGUUAAAUGGCUCUUUAUUAAAGUAUUUAUUUU